UGGCCCCGGGGGUCCGGCUGGCGGAAGAAGGAGUCCGGGAGCUUCCUCAUCCUCAUGGGCAGGGGCGCGGGCUGCGCGGCGGCCUUGCUGGGGUUAAUCACGGCGCUGAACAGCGCGUCCAGCUCCGUCUGCGAGUCCCCGCGCACGUGCACGACCUGCUGGCCGGCCGGGGGCGCGCCGCGGUGCGCGUCCAUGUCGCCCAACUUCUGCCGCUUUAACCUGCCAGAAGAAACAAAAAAAGCACCGUCGCCGCACAAACAAAGGGGAACACGGUUGGAAUUGAGACCGGAGCCGAGAAUAGAGCGGACUGUUUACACCCCUGGAGCCCGCCGCCCCCUCCCCCCACCGAACUUGCGUGUCGUCUCUCAGCGCCAAACUUCACCAGAAAGACCCGCAAACCCACACGGACAGAGUAAAGUGACGCUGAAAGAGAGGCUCGGGGCGAGACGUCGAGGCGAGGCGAGGCGAGGCGCGGACGGCGGCGUCCAUGCCUCGCGCAUACCUUCACGCAGAAGACCGACCGAGUCCCCGCUCGUCCUGCAGGAACAGACCCAGGGCCCGGAGACAGAGGGAAGACACACACCAGGCUGUGGCGCAAAAGUUCACCAGCGAACAGCGGGGGGGAGAGCCAAAGUUCGUCAGAGCGAUCCGGUCGGACCCCAAACUUUUUCCACAUCCAGAAGGUCGGCUGAGACCAGCAGGAACAGUGACCCAGAGGGUUGUCCCCCAAAUCUGCGUCUCCUCCCUGCGCGGUGGAAAUCCCCCGCCAGCGCCGGUUGCUCCCAUUCGGCGGCCCGAUCAUGUUCCGACAGCGGAGCUGCGACGCUCUUGAGCCCAUUAGGCAGCUGGCAGAUAUAACGUGUCGCUCUCAUGCGGCGCACCAGCAUGUAACAUGGGACAGAUGUGGGGCCCCGAGGCGGCGGCACAUUCCUCCCGCGGGCUGUAAAGUCUCGCAGGUUCUCAGAGCUGUGGAUCCUGGCUGGAAUGUGCUUUUCACUUUCCUCGCCGGCCAGUUAACGGCAGUAAUUGCUCUCACCCACUGGGAGGAGCAGAGGCAGCAGGGCCCUGCAGAAACAUCUGUUUCUAAUGGCCGUCUCCUGCUCGCUUAUAAACAACGUCACUCUUUUACUGCACAUUCAGCUACUUGUCAAAAAGUCUUUUAAGAGAAAGUCUCCUCUGCCGCUUUGAGCGGGAAUGUUGUCGCGGGCCUUUACGAGGGAGUGACGUCGGCGCCAAGGCAGGCGGAGGAAGUGAGGAGACAACAGACAGGAGGGAGCAGGAUGGACAGGGGGACCGGCUGAAACCAGUGGAGGCUUGAGUCCUGCCAGGAACGAGCACCGCCGUGAUGUGGACAAGCCUGGUCCUGCUGGUGGCGCUGCCUCACCUGCUCCCCUCCACAGUGACGGGUAUCGGCGCCAUUUCGGACCGAACACAGUCGGACGGUGAUGACUUCCCGGACUCGUCUGCUAAACCUCCCAAACCUGUUGGAGAGGUCAGAGGUCGGGACACCUGCUCCAUACCCUGUGACAUCACGGUCAAGCUGCUGCGGGAUGAGAAGCACUCGAUCUGCGGCCAGCUGCAGCAGUCCCUGCUCACCUUCGGCCGCAGCACGCGCAAACUCAUCCGCGAUGUGAUGGAGGAGCAGCAGCGAGCGCUGGACGUCCUCGGCGCGCAGGUGACAGAGCUGGUGACCAAAGUGCAGACGCUCAGCUCUGAGGUCCAGAGGAGCAACAGCGAGAUGUUCUCCAUCAAACCCGUGCAGUCACAUGGGCGGGACUGCAGCGACAUCAAGGACAGCCUCCUGACGGUGGUCCCCAAGAUCCCCAGCGGAAUUUACAUCGUCCACCCGGAGAACACCGACUCUUCCUUUGAGGUGUUCUGUGAGAUGGACUACAUGGGCGGCGGCUGGACAGUGAUGCAGCGGCGGACGGACGGGCUGACGGACUUUAAGCGACCGUGGGCCGACUACGUGGACGGCUUCGGGCACCUCCCAGGCGAGCACUGGCUGGGCCUCAGGAAGGUCUUUCACAUCCUCAACCAGAAAGAGGCUCGAUUCCAGCUGCACAUCGCGCUGGUCUCCACCGAUGACGUCGCUUCCUACGCGUCCUACGAUGACUUCCGCUUGGACGGGGAAACAGAGUUCUUCAGCAUCCACCUGGGCCGAUACUCGGGCAGCGCAGGCGAUGCCUUUCGCGGCUACGACCAGGACCAGAACCAGGACACGGCCCCGUUCAGCUCCUCAGACGUGGACAACGAUGGCUGCAACCCCUCCUGCUCCAUGGGGAACCAGACGGUGGAGAGCUGCAGCGCUCAGCAGCAGCACACGGCCUGGUGGUUCAACCAGUGCGGCCUGGCCAACCUGAACGGCUCUCCAGAAGACCCGGAGCCGGACCGGGGACACGGCAUCCUCUGGGACACCUGGAGGCAGAACGGAGUUCCUCACAGGAUCAAGUCGGUCACCAUGAAGAUCAGGAGGAUGGUGACUAACAACUAGCUUAGUCGUGUCUGAAUGACUCGAUAAAUACAUCCAGUCGGGUUCAUUCCAUGAAAUGACUCCUUUUGGUGAUUAAAAGUGCUUUGAAGAACCUGUGCAACUCUCCUCACAUUCCAUCAAAGUGACGUCAAAAAGAAGUGUGAGAAGCUUCAGUGGCGGUGAGAUCCUGAAAUAUAGAUCAUGGAGAGGAGAGGGAGGAAAUCCUGAGGGAGCGAGGCAGGUUUAUGAAAGAGAGAACUGACAGGUGCGACUUGACUGGAGGAAGGAGAAGGUGGUGCGUCUGUCAGGAGACCUGUGAAGCUUCAGGUGAAGGCAUGUUCGACAGGCUUGGAGAAGAAGAGUCUGGAGGUAAAAAUGUUCUGGCACUCAGUUUCAGUCUGAUUCCUUUAUUUAGCACCUAUUAAAUGAAUAACAAACAACACAUAAGUAGUGGUUGACAGCGCAAGUCCCACUAAUAUUCCUCUGCUUUAGUGUCGCGUUUAUAUUGGUUCAGUGAUCAAAAGUCGCAGAGACGCUUCAGGACUAGAUUAAAGCAGCGUUCAUGAAGAUGCGGCUCAUGACCGUCUGUCGUCCACUUGUGAAUUACGCUGAUGCAGCUUUGCUUCCACUGGGUGGCGCUCUUGAACUGGCAGUUCCGCGUGUCCACUCUCAAAUGACGCCCUCAGUCACGUGGGCAGAGUGACUGCCGUGGAGCUCUUCCCUCGACAGAGCGUCUUAUGACGCCUCUCACCGCCGCUUCUCUCCAGUGGCUGUUUGAUGACUUCGGUGCCGCCUGUUCAAAGUGUGUCCAGGAGUCGGGUCUGGGAGCACAAUGUGGAAUCACAAACCUGCACUGAAGGUUCUGGGCUGGAGGUUCAAUCCCAUCUCUGGAUGAGCGAGACACCACUGAUGGUGCCGUUGGCAUCAGUGUGUGCCAGGGCAGGACUCAGCAUCGUCGCACUGCUGUUUUCUUCCAGGCUCCUGUUGAGGAGGUAAAGGCGGGGCGGCAGCUCCAGGACAAAUCAGAGGCCAUGGUUGUGAAGCCGCUCGGACUCAGUGAGCUCUGCUGUCCAGAUCAUGAACCCCAUCGGCCUGGUUGAUUUGCCUCUCUGGCACGGGAAUGUACAGAGGUUUUCCUCUGACACCCUCAUGAUAAAGCCUCGUAGCUGCGUGGUACCACCAUGGCAACAGGGCCACCAUGAAGCGUUAACACACAGCGAUGGCCUCGUGAAUGAAGCCUGACUCCCGACUUCAGGAGCGAAUCAAAGUGUCACCGAAGUUUCGUCUGGACCGGGUCCUGCGACGACGGCAUGACUGUGUCGCAGCUGGAGGAUCAGGGUCGGAGUGAAAUACUCCAACGCCAGAGCCACAGCAGGGAGUGUCGGAGAGAGUCAGACACUUUCCUCAAGAGCAGCGAUAUCAAGUGUAAUGACACGGUAAUAAAGGCUGGUUGAACAGCUGAGCGUGUCAGGUGUCAGGUGGAGGUUGUGUUUGAGGUGGCUGCCGCUCCAGUGGCCGUCAGUAUUGUAGUUCUUGUGAAGUACUUUCACUGACCUCAAACUCAGGAAUGAGUCUAUCAGAGCAACGAUCAGAUAAGACUUCACUCAUCCAUCAUCAUCCAUAUUUAGAGGCCUCUGCUCUACAUCCACACACCAACUAGUGCUGAUCGAAUCAGAAUGUCAAGAGAAAAGAUCAAACAAAAGGAGUGAAACAUCAUUAAAAGCGAGACUAAACAGGUUCAACACAUGGAGCAGGUUUACUGUGCAGGCCAAAGGUUUGACUCAGUGUUUUUGUUUUGAUCACUUUCCACAUGGCAGAUGCAGACUGAGGACUUCACAUAUAGGAAGCAGGUUAUAUGGCGUUCUAUAGCAAACCAAAGUGUCUGAAAUGACUCUAAAUAUUUGAUACUGUACUGACGACUCAAAGUGAGAGUCGCAGGUCGAGG